UGGCGUAUGAUGAGACAACUUUUCUUCCCGACGGUAAAUGAGUUCCAUUGUGCUCAAUUUAUUGUGUGUAAUCUCAGCACUGAAUUUUCUUUCCAUCGGAAAGGUGUUUUACACCAUCAGAAAAAAGGUACAAAUUAUAAUCCCCCUCAGGACCCUGAUCCCCCUCAGAAAUGUAACCUACUUGGAGCCUGCUAAUGAGGCUAACUGCGGCCUCGUUCUGAAGUUCGAUCCCAUCGUUCCAGAACAAGUAUGGCGGAAGGUGGAAGGUUACCAACAGUCCUGUGACUACCUGAAUAAAACCUUCUGCCAUAACUUAUUAAUCCUUGACAGGCAACACAUAGCAUCAGGAACAACCACUUCACAAGCAAACAUGGCGUCCGAGACCCCCCUCCCCAAGGGAUGGACCAAGAAGGUUGUUCUACGUCAGUCUGGCGCCUCGGCUGGCAAAACCGACACUUACUUUUACAGUCCUGAAGGGAAGAAGUUUCGGUCACGAACAGAGAUCGCAAAGUACUGCAAGGACAAAGGACUGAAGAUAGACACUGAUUCCUUCACGUUUGGUGGGAAGGUGACAUCUUCGGCAAAGAAAGCAGCAAAGGAGACGCCUAGGGGCAGAGGCCGACCGCCAAGAGCAGCUGCAGCAAAGAAAGAAAAGGAACAAAAAGCAUCUGGGAAGUUGGUGGUUAAGAUGCAGUUUUCUACACCGAAGAAAAGGUCCAAGAGUUCUGGCAGCUCUUCCAAGGAGCCAGCUGCAAAGAAGGCAAGGGGGCGCGGGCGGCCACCAAAAGCCAAGCAGGACGUAAAGGUCAAGUUCCCGAUGGGUCCUAAGGCAGCCCAGAGUCCAAAAAAGGGUGCUAAGUCAAAGACCCCAGCAAAGAAGGAAAGAAAGGCACCAGCAGUGAAGAAACCAGCCAAACCUGCGAAAGAGAAGAAGGCGAAACCUGCAGCAAAGAAGGCGGCAAGAGCUCCUCCCAAAACAAAGUCACCAGCAAAAGACCCACCGACUACUGCACCAAAACCACUCAAGAAACGGAAAGCUCCUGAAGAAACAGAGGCAGCUUCCCCAUCCAAGAAAGCGAAGAAGCCAGAGCCUGAGGCGACCGCGGGAUCUCCUGCCAAGCCCCAAACAGGUGAGUCCAGCCAACCUACUGAAGCAGAUGUAGUUGUACUUGCAGAUGAUAUGUCCAAGCAGUCCCCGAAGGUGGCAGAUAAGUCAGAAGAGACUUACGAGCCAGAAAUCAUCUCCAUUUCUGAGGGAGCUUCAGGAGACGACAGAGAGAUGUCCCCUCCGCGGGAGGGCAUGAGUCCGGAGGAGAUGAUGCCCUCGGAGAGUGAAGAAGACGAAGACGGGGGUUUUGUCAUCAUCGAUGUGAAGGAUUGUGAAGAAGAGCCAGAAGUGGUGGCAGAAGUACCAGCUGCAGCUCAACCAUCGGAACCACCCAGGUCCGGAAACAUAGAGACACUUGUGUUCAGACCGCUCAACACUCCAGAAAAGAGCCAGGAGGCACCAACACCACCACAGCAAGCUGCUGGGCCGGCGACUGCUGGUCCGGUUCAACAGGAGAACGCAGCUGUGAUCACACCACCGCCGGAGCCUGCCAGGGAAGCCAGCAACUCUGAGUCUCGCGGUUCAUCCGAGUCGGGAAGCACCACUUAUCUCCCGGAGAUCAUCGAGUGUCAGGCUCCGGCGACCGGUCAGGCACAGACUCUCCUUCCGCCUGCCAACACCGUAGGCCGCCUGCCGCUGUCCAGAACCCAGAGUUGGGGUUCAAACAUCCCAGAGCCGUCCGUCUCGCCGCUUCCGAGGAGCAUCUCGCCUCUCACCGAUAGGUCAGACAACGAGCCGGUCAGCGCGUUCGAGCCUGUAUUCCCGCAGGCCCCAGGAGCGGUCACCACUACCAGAGUGUUGGGAGACCGCAGUGGGAAUAUAUUCGAACGUCUGGCGCCACCUCCCGCUGAUGGAAGUGUCUCUGCCUCCGCCGCAUCUGAAGAAUAUCGCCGAAGCGCUUUCCAGCCCGUUGUUCCGCCGAGCUUGGGGCGGCAGGCGACCAACCACUGCACGAUUCCUCCUCCAACCGGCGGUGGGAGUGCGUUUCAACCGGUGCUUCCCUCGGCUCCUGGGGCGACCACCAAUGGAGAGGGGGCGGGGGCCAGGGGGAGGGAGGUAGCGCCAGUAACAAAUAGCGACAGCAGAGAGCCCGAAGUCAGUCCAUAUUUCAGCGGAGACGCAGGUAACCUUCCCCCGCUCAAGGAGAAGUUUGCCGCCAACAAGUGGACGCCUCCGCGGUCGCCCUUCAACCUCGUACAGGAGCACCUUUUCCAUGACCCCUGGAAACUCUUGGUGGCGACAAUUUUUCUCAACCGGACAACAGUGCUUCAAGGUGAAAAAGCCAUUCCGUUGAUGUGGGAGUUCUUCCGACGCUGGCCGUCCCCGGAAGUGACGCGCGACGCUGACUGGAAACCGAUCUGUGAGCUCCUGCAGCCGCUGGGACUGUACGAGAAACGGGCCAAGACCCUCAUCAGGUUUUCAGAUGAGUUCCUGACCAAAGACUGGGCCUACCCCGAUGAGCUGUAUGGUAUUGGCAAGUACGGCAAUGACUCCUACCGCAUCUUCUGUGUCAAUGAGUGGAGGCAGGUGAUGCCAAGUGACCACAAGCUGAACGACUAUCACAACUGGCUACUGGAGAACCAUAAGGAACUGGGCAUCUAACAGGACUAUCACCAUGUUCUUACAUACUAGCAAGGAGUUUUUAGAUAGAAUUUGGGCAUAGAUGCAAAUAUCAAGGUGCUGGAGGGCGGAAACAAAAGAUACUGUGGAAUCUGGUGGAUCUGAGCAAAAACAGGCAGCGGGGUGAUAGUCCAGUCUUUUGCUCUGUAACCUCCUUGCCUGCAGUGGGCCAAUAUAUUGUCUGAUUUGGUGCAUGGCUAACAUGAAGGAGUUAAAGUGUUUGAG